CUCGUGCUCCUCGCUGACUGUCGGUCCCCCCUUUCACGAAAGUGCCUCUGGCCUCAGUACUUGGUUGUCCCACACGAGCACACCAUGGCAGACAUGGAGAAGUCUCAAAGCACUCCCACUAGUCCUGUUGCGGCCUCCGUGGGCGAGAACGUUGCUACAGCAAAGCGUCAUGAACCGGGACAGUCUUGGAAGCAGAACGAGGAGCACGUUCUACCUCACAACCGUAUCGGCAUCGUCUUCUUUGGUCUCAUGGCUUGUACGUUCCUCGCUGCUCUUGAUCAGACUAUCGUGGCUACUGCUCUGCCCACCAUCGUUGCUAAGCUUGGUGGAGGCUCUGAGUAUUCUUGGGUAGGAAGCGCCUAUCUCUUGGCAGCCGCUGCCCUUGGCCCUCUCUACGGUAAGGCUUCCGAUAUCAUAGGUCGAAAACCCAUCUUGUAUGCUUGCAUCGUUAUCUUCCUGUUUGGUUCCGCCAUGUGUGGAGCUGCUCAGACUAUGAUAUGGCUCGUCGUUUGCCGCGCGGUUCAAGGAAUUGGAGGUGGAGGUAUUAUCCAGAUGGUGCAGAUCACCAUUUCUGAUAUCGUAUCGCUGGAAGAGCGUGGAAAGUACGGUGGUUUCCUUGGAGCGACGUGGGGUAUUGCCAGCGUUAUCGGACCUCUUCUAGGCGGAGUCUUCACGGACCAUGUCUCCUGGAGAUGGUGUUUUUUCAUCAAUCUACCAACCGGCGGUAUUGCCUUCGCUAUCUUGUUCUUCUUCCUCAAUUUGAACCCUCACCGCGGCAAGACAUUCCGAGAACACGUCGCUGAGUUUGACUUUCUGGGCCUAGCUCUCAUUGUCAGCGGUAUUGUCUGUGUCUUGAUUGGCUUCAACUUCAGUGAAACAAGCUGGUCUACGGCGCAAACUAUCGCUCCACUCGUGAUCGGCGUUGUCUUGCUUAUUCUCGGUGCUCUAAACGAGAUCUUCACUUCCCGGUCACCUAUCGUGCCUCCGCGUCUUUUCAAGGUCCGAACCACAGCCUUUCUCCUGAUUUCUGUCUUCUUGCAUGCUUUGGCUUUCUUCGGAGGCGCGUAUUAUCUUCCCGUUUACUUCCAGGUUCUUGGCUCGUCCGCCACCGUAGCCGGUGUAUGGAUGCUGCCUUACUCUCUUUGCUCGGCUCUCAUAUCGGCCGUGUCUGGGCAGUUCGUGACGAGGACCGGACGUUGGCGGCCUGUUAUGUGGUUUUCGUGGGUUAUCAUUGUCCUUGGAUACGGUCUUAUGAUUCAGUUGGAUGACCGGUCUAACGCUGCUGAGAAAGUCCUGUACUUACUUAUUGCCGCAGUCGGUAUUGGCUGUCUCUUCCAGACGCCAUUGAUCGGUCUUCAGGCUGCUAUGCCUUUGAAGGAUAUGGCUACCAGCACAGCGACCUUCACUUUCCUUCGGACUUUGGGCGGUACUGUUGGUAUCUCCAUCGGCCAGGCUAUCAUAUCCGGGUUCCUCCGCCGCAAGGUCGCUCAGAUUCCGAACCUUGAUAUUGAUACCUCGCCGGCGGCUCUCAACCAGAUCGUGCGGCAAAUAAAAGACAUCCCUGAUGUAAGCACCCGCCAGGCGCUCAUGCAUGCCUAUACGACAUCGAUCAAUAAGAUUUGGCUUAUCAACACGCCCAUCCUUGGUGUAGGGCUUCUGCUGGUGCUUUUCCUCCGGCCGUACACCCUGAAGCGCAUUGUCGUCAAAGGCGAGCGUCCAAAACAGCCUGACGUUGAGGCGGGUGAGGUCAACAAGACUGAGAAGGUUCUCGAUACCGAUGCAUCUCAGAUGGAGGCCGCACCCGCCCCUGGCGGAAACGAAACCUCUGAGGAGCGCAGAUCAAUUAGCAAGACACGUCCGUCGACGGCUGAGGGCGAUGACACUGGCACUGUUCACACCGAGCCCGAAGUCAAGAAACAAUGAUCUACGAGUAGAUUGAAAUGAAAACGAGUUAACGAUUCAUCAAUAUCUUUGGGCGGAAUGCUAUCUCCUAAGCCGUAGACUUUCUCAUUGCUGCACCUUGUCAUUCCUGAUUUUAAUGAUCUUCAUGUGUAGCUCUGCACGUCCGAAUGCCAUGUCUAUUACAUACCAGAUGCUCAAUAGAUCCAGCUACUCUUUGCUGCAACCAUCACAAUGUGCAGUAGGUGAGACAUGGGUGCCGUGGCUCAGGGUCUGAUAGAUGUACGAACAGCCUAUGCUGUCAAGGGCUGAUUCUACAGCGCCUGGCGGGCCUUUGUUGCUGCUCGGAAACCUUAUGUAGUUCGCCAAGCUGUCGAAAGUGUGAUGGCGGUCAGCUCCUGUCAAACUUACUGGAUGCAUAGCGUUAAACGUGGAUUGACCCAAGC